AUGGCCAACUAUAGUAGUAAGUACAUUCGAGAUUUCGCAACACUAACUGCUCCCCUUCGUGACCUGACAAAAAAGGAUGUUCGUUUUGAGUGGACUCAAACACACCAAACUGCUUUUGAAAAGCUGAAAAACACGCUUGCAAUUGCUCCAUGUAUGUCAUAUUUCGACAAAAACAAACAAACUUUUGUAACAGUUGAUGCUAGUCCUGUAGGAAUUUCUGGAAUUUUUUCUCAGAAACCAAGAAACGGUGACGUAGACAGUCAACAGAUAAUUGCAUAUGCCAGCCGAGGGCUGACUGAUAGAGAAAAAAGAUACUCCCAGACGGAAAAAGAAGCGUUAGCGAUAGUAUGGGCAGUUGAACAUUUCCAUUUAUUUAUAUACAUAUGGAAGUGAAUUUACACUAAUAACUGACCAUAAACCUUUAGAAAUUAUUUAUGGCCAACGUACAGCCAAAACAUCAGCGCGAAUUGAAAGAUGGGUGCUUCGCCUCCAACCAUAUACAUUUAAGAUAAUUUAUAAAUCAGGUGCCAGCAACCCUGCGGACUAUCUUUCUCGUCAUCCAACAAACGAAAGCAGACGAAAACAGGAGAAGAUGACGGAACAAUAUAUUAAUUUUAUAACUCAGAACAGUGUCCGUAAGGCGAUGACAUUACAAGAAAUAAUCAAUGCAACUAACGCAGACGCGGCACUAACAGCACUCCAUGAUGCAAUUAAAACAAACAAAUGGGAUUCCCCAAUUGUAAAACCGUUCAAAGCCGUAAAAAACGAACUUACGUCUACCACACACGGUGUUAUACUUCGAGGAACACGGAUUGUCAUUCCUGCGACUCUACAACAACGUGCAAUAGAUAUAGCACAUGAGACACACUUAGGAAUAGAGAAAACGAAGUCUCUAAUUCGUGAAAAAAUCUGGUUUCCGCAAAUUGACAACCAAGUCAAAAACACAAUUGCUAAGUGCACCACUUGUCAAGCUGUCGGACAGGCGAAUCCUCCACAACCAUUACGUAUGACCGAAAUGCCAGAGUUACCAUGGAGAACUGUCCACAUAGAUUUUUAUGAUCCACUACCAUCGUCUGAAUAUCUGUUAGUGGCGGUAGAUAGAUACUCCAGAUUCCCAGAGGUUGAGAUAGUUCAUUCAACACGAGCCUCAACAGUCAUUCCAAAACUUGACAAAAUGUUCUCAGUCCAUGGCAUUCCAAAGGAGAAACACAAGAAAAAGUGA